GAUUUUCUCUUGAAGCAAUUAUAAAUAUUUUUAGUUGAAUUUUAAGUAAACUUUAAGACUUAUUUUGACCAACACAGGAAAAUGAGUGAAAAUAUUAAAGUUGUUGUUCGAUGUCGUCCGAUGAACCAAACUGAAAAAGAACGAAACUGUCAAAACAUUGUUGAAAUUAAUGAAUUUGCAGUUUCCGUGACUAAUCCAUCAGCUCGCAUAUCUCAACAAAAAAAAUUCAUAUUUGAUAGUGUUUAUAAUAUGAAAACUGACACGGAAGUGAUUUACGACGAGAUGUGUUAUUCAUUAGUUGAGAGUACAAUCGAAGGAUAUAAUGGAACCAUUUUUGCUUACGGUCAAACAGGUUGUGGGAAAACACACACAAUGCAGGGCGACGAAAAUUUCAGCAACAGCACUGGAAUAAUUCCCAAAUGUUUUGAUCAUAUAUUUGAAAGGAUAUCAAUGACCACAAAUGUCAGAUAUUUGGCAUUAGUAACGUAUUUGGAAAUUUAUAAUGAACGUAUUCGAGAUUUACUUAAUAAAAAUGAAAAUACGAACGUGAUAAAUCAUUUCCUUAAGGAACUACCAGGUAUUGGUGUUUCAGUUCCAACGCUUACCACGCAACCUGUUGUCAAUGCAAAUCAAUGUUACGAUUGGCUACAUUUUGGAAAUAAAAAUCGAGUAACUGCAGCUACAUUAAUGAAUAAGAAUAGCUCACGAUCCCACACUAUAUUUACUAUCACUUUGGAACAAUCUCCAUUUUUAAAUAGUAUUGGAUCGGAUGCCUUUGGAGGAAUAUGUAGAGGAAAACUAAGCUUAGUAGACCUAGCAGGCUCCGAGAGGCAGCGAAAGACUGGGGCUCAAGGAGACCGACUUAAGGAAGCUUCCCAAAUAAACUUAUCACUUUCUGCAUUAGGCAACGUUAUUUCAUCUUUGGUGGAUGGCAAAGCAAAGCAUGUACCCUUUAGGGACUCAAAACUUACACGCCUGCUCCAGGAUUCCUUAGGAGGGAAUACAAAAACUCUUAUGAUAUCUUGUAUAUCACCAACAGACAUACAUUAUGAUGAAACCAUAUCUACACUUCGAUAUGCAAGUAGAGCAAAGAAUAUUUCUAAUAAACCCAAAAUUAAUGAAGAUCCAAAGGAUGCAAGACUUCGACAGUACCAAAAUGAAAUACUAUAUUUGAAAAGAAUGCUUCAAGAGAGUCAACAAAUCAUUAAUAAAAAUAAUGAUCCAAAUAAAAUAAUAAAAUCACCUCUAAAAAUUAUACAACAUACAAAUAUGAAUUCUACAAAAAAUGUUCAAAUAAUAGAUUUAGGUCGAAAUUGUAAGGCAUCCUUUAAAACAAAUAACUCUAUAUUAACAAAACCAAAUUUCCCUUUAAUUCAAUCGAAAGAAGAGGUACAACUGCAAGCGCGAAGUCGAAUCGAUCUAAUAAAGCGUAGUUUAAUUGGUGGUGAACGUAUCCAUGAUUUCGAGCUUAAAGAAAAGCACAUGGCCCGAAAAUAUGCAGCCCAACGCCACUUAAGUGCAAUAGCUAUUGCCUUAAGUAGAGUGAAAUGUGAAGAUCGCGACCUUUUGCAGGGGCAUUAUGCCACUAUUACACAAGAAAUUGAUAUAAAAAAUGAUUAUAUUAGAAAGUGCAAAGAGAAAAUUAAAAUGCUUGAAAUGGAAGUUUCCGAUUUAAAUUCAGAAUUUCAGCUGGAUAGAGAGGAUUAUUUGGACGAAAUUCGCAACCUUGGACGUCAAGUGAAGUUCCAUCAACAACUUUUUUUGAAAUUUUCUUCAAAUCCCGGAAAAUUUGACCGGAAUUGGACUCCAGACACUAUUUUGCAAAAUUCUUUAUGGAAUGAUGAUCUUAAAAUGUGGAGAAUCCCAGAGUCCGAUUUAAUAAAACUUCCUCCGGCUACACAAAAAUCUGGACUUCACUGUAUUCAUCCUUUAGUGAUCCAUAGUGAAAAUCAGCACAACAACCAAAAUGAAAUUGUAGUUGGAGAAAAAGUAAGUAUUUCAAAUAUAGCAUUUUUAUUUUUAAGUUAUUAAAUAAAUUAUUCUUGAUAAAUUGAAUGUAGAUUUUCCCAAUUUAUAUUUUAAACUUAUAUUAGAUACGUUAAAAAGAAAGAUCAGUUGUUUCCGACUAUAUAAAUAAUACCUUCUCUUGAGAAGAAUUAAUAGCCGAGUCGAUCUGGUCUUGUGGGAUUGUCCGUCCGUCUCUCUGUAUGAACAGCGCUAUCUCGUGAUCUCCUCCCAGGGAGGAAUCGACUAUCAGAUUCCCGUUACUGAUCAGAUACUCAUCAGAUAAAUUUAAGAACAAUAAAUAAAUAAAUGUGCCUUCCUAUAUGUACUUGUUGCAGCUCGAAUUAGAUCCCGAUUAAAAUGUUAAGCUCGGUACACAGGGAACACCACGUGGAUGCCGUUGUGUUACAUCGGGGUCGUUUAAGCCAAAGUAAAUUUUGGGAACCUACAAGUAAAAGUUUGCAAAAGUUUGUCCAUAGCGAAAUGAGGCAUACAUAUUGUUAUUUUACCUUAUUUAGUUGAAGCCUUACCAACCGUGUUAGAGUGGGCGUGUCCAAAUUAUUUUUGCAUAUCAGAAAUUUGCAAUACACAUAAUAAAAUAAAACAAUUUAAACACAUAUUUUAAAAGUGUGGUGCAACAGUUUUGAACGGCUAGAAAUUUACGACUAACAAACAACGAAAAAAUAUCGAAACAUUUCUCAAAUGUGCGGGCGCAGUUCAUAUAAUAAACGAUGAACCUCGGAAAAUGUCCGCAAUAAAUUGAGUAAUGUUUCCAUGUUUCGAUAUAUAUUUAAAAGAAAACCUUCAUUUAGGCAGCUAAGUUGAAAAAGAAAGCGUAAUACCAUUGGCAAGCAAUUUCAUACUCCUCAAUGAAAAUAAGUUCCUCGAACGCACUUAGGCACACCAAAGACACUAGAAUAACAAGAUGCGUAACGCCAUACGAUUUUUUGGCACACGAUUUUUUCACCGUGGCUCUAGAGGUGGCUCCAGGCUCUCUCGAAUUUUUGUUAGAAUGCGAGAGAGCGGAGAGCGCUACAGCGAACAGCUCUUUUCAACGCAUAAAGUGAUAGCAGACAACUAUAUGUGUGCACACGUAUGCUCAUGCAUUGUAAAUUUGACAAAAUAUGCACAUCACCUUAGAAGUUCUUUGACUUUAAAUCUAUAUUAUUUUUGAUCAAUUGGCACCAUGCGAAAAAUUCGUGCUUUGCAUUGCCUUAACGUUAUUAUUAUUUGAAAAUAGAUUAGAAAUAGCCAAAUCUAUGUACAUCACAAAAUAAAUUUAAAAAAUGACUUUAUAUAAGAAUAUUUGUCUUUAGAGUAUUCAUCUCGCGGCGUGUGAAAAAUUAAUAAGGCAAUGAUUCUUGAGUGUUUGUGUCCGCACUUCGUGCCUCAAGAUAUGACCAAAGCAAAGACACUAGAAUAAUUCUAGUGUCUUUGAUAUGACUUUUGCAAUAAACAGUUAUCAUAUUUUUAUGAAAUUUAUGAAAUUACAGUAGUUAUAAUAAUUUCUAUUGUACUUCCUUUAAUUAUUUAGUAUAUUUAUUAAGUCAUUUAACAUUAAAAGUUUUUCAAAAAAAAUAUUUCGCUCUUAAAAAAUUGUCAGAUGAGAGACAAAUUAGAAUUAAACAUAAAUAUAAAUGUGUAAACGGUAGCUAAUUCGAGCGGCGAUUUUAACAAACAAAUUUUAAAAGCUUUAAAAUUAUAAUAGUCAGGGCGCGAAUUUUUAAAAAUUAUUUUAUUUUAUCAUAUUGCUAGGAAAUUAGCAAAAACUACCCUAAUAUGUACAAUGUAAAUUCGUUUCAUCGAUCAGAAUUGAUUUCGGCCCGAAAAUCGUCUUCUAGCACAACACGCACACAUAUACGCGUUCUCGUCUCUUGUUUUUACUCACACAAGCAAGCAAACUCUAUUUUUAGAUUUCUUAUGCUCUCAGCGUGAGCGAGCGGAAAGAAGGCAAUUUUGGCCGUCACUAAAAAAGUGGCUGCAUAGUGCAAAACCAAUGUAUGUCCGUUACGCAUCUUGUUAUUCUAGUGUCUUUGGGCGCACCCUUGCAUUUAAAAUAGACUUGGUCGAAAAAGUCAUUUUAGCAAUAGUCUUAAACCGCCUCUUCUCAACAUAAAUAACUUAUUACCAAGGACCUAGUGUCAUGAUUUUCUGUUGAGCACUACAUAUUAUUCCGGCUACUCCUAUGUUAUAGUCGUCCAUUUUUUAUUAAAUUAAAGAUAUAAAAAUUAAUUUUAAUAAUGAAAAUGUAUUUUUAUGUUAUGAAAGAUUAAUAAUAUACCUUAUUUAUUUUUUAAAGAAGAAAACCUCAAGCCUUUCCAAGGAAAAAUACAACACAAAUGUUCAAAAAAACUACUUUCGGACAAACCGAC